AUGGCAGUUAAUAACGAUGAUGUACUGGCGGCCAAUGAGAAUGUCAACGAUAAUUCCUCCGUGAGCCAUCAAAGUCUCGCUUCAUCGACAACAAGCGUAGCCAGCUCAAUUCUCGAGUACCGCAUCGAGAACGGCCGGACGUAUCACAAAUACAAAGACGGAAAGUAUAAUCUGCCCAACGACGGUAAAGAAAUCAAUCGACUCGAUCUACAGCACAACCUUUUCAUCCGGACCUUCGACGACAGACUAGGAACCGCACCACCCAACGCACGAGACUCUAACGUCAGGAGGGUCUUGGACGUGGGCACCGGUUCGGGUAUUUGGGCAAUCGACUUUGGUGAUGAGCAUCCCGAUGCCGAGGCAAGUCGUAGACUGGGUCACGGAACGAGCGUGCCGCCAAAUGUGCAGUUCCAGGUCGAAGAUAUCGAAGAGGACUGGCACUUCUCGCUGCCCUUUGACUACAUCCACAGCCGAAUGAUGACGGCAACCUCAACUCAGGAGGUUACCUCGAACUCAACGACAUUGAUGCAAUCCCCCUCCGAUGACGGCACCCUCACCGAGGAAUGCACCCUUAAGAAGAGCUUCAGCCUCUGGUCCGAAGCUAUCGCGAUCCUCGGGUCCCCGUUUGAGAAGUUUAACCGCCUAGAAGGCGUCCUGGCCGAGGUCGGGUUCGAGGACGUUCGCGUUGAGCGGUUCAAGUGGCCGACGAAUAGCUGGCCAAAAGACCCCAAGUUCAGGGAGCUGGGGAUCUGGAAUCAUGAAAAUAUUGCGCCGCACUUGGAGGGCAUGUUCAUGGCUGGGAUUACCCGCGGAUUGAAAUGGACCGAGCAGGAAGUUCACGAACUUGCUGUCAAGGCGCGAAAGGACUUUGAUGAUACGAGCAUACAUGCUUACUUCCAGAUCUGGUCUAUCUAUGGGAAGAAGCCCGUGAAGGCUUGA